GGCUGCCUACACAUAAAAACUCAUAUCCAUGCGCUUUAUUUUCAUUAUUUGUAUCGUUUCAAGAAAUGGAUCGUUUACCGAAAAAGCGUGCGCUUGCAGCUGUAGGCAAUGAAUUUGAGAGACCAGAAAUAAAAAAACGUCGUGCAGUUGAGCGAUUGAGCUCAGAAUCUAGCGAAGAUGAUUCAGACAGCGAUGGACUACAGAUUGCCGGAUUUGGUUUUGGGGGUGGUGAAGUUUCUACCUUUCAAAAUGCGAACACUUCAUCGCCAUCAGAACCAGAAGCUGUCCCACAUGAAAGCAAAUAUAAUCCUCUUGCUUUGAAAAUGAUGCAAAAAAUGGGUUACAGGAAAGGAAAAGGUCUGGGAAAGCAUGGAGAGGGGCGAGUGGAUAUCGUUGAGGCUUCUAAACAGCGAGGACGACGAGGUCUUGGUCUAGUGGUUGAAGGAUUUGAAGGAGGUGAAGAUGUUAAUUGGGAAGAUGAAGAGGAAGCAUCAUCAGAUGAAACUGUUGAUUGGUUGCCACAAUGUCAUUUACCGAUUCCAGAAUAUGAAGAAUGUCUUACUUGGAUGGAACAAGGUCCAAGAAAACGUCGGAUAGAUGAUGAAAACGAAUUUUGCAAUCCACAAACAUUAAUGAAUUUGCUGGCGUGCAAGAGCACAUUUGACAAGCUGGAUUCUGAAGAAAUGAGACAAGCAAGGACACGAUCCAAUCCCUAUGAAACCAUACGUGGCGGUAUAUUUCUGAAUAGAGCAGCCAUGAAGAUGGCAAAUAUGGAUUAUGUGUUUGAUUUUAUGUUCACCAAUCCAAAAACACUAGAUGGGCAACCGCUUGUCAAGGGUAAUGAAUUGUUGUAUUUUGCUGAUAUAUGUGCCGGACCUGGUGGUUUCUCUGAGUAUGUCCUUUGGAGAAAGAAUUGGCAUGCUAAAGGUUUUGGUUUUACCCUCAAAGGAGCCAAUGAUUUCAAGUUAGAAGAUUUCUUUUCUACUUCACCAGAGUUAUUUGAACCUUACUACGGUGUUGAUGGUAUAGAUGGCGAUGGUAACAUUUACAGAUCCGAUAACCUGAAAGAAUUUCAAAGAUUUGUUUUGCAAAAUACAGAUGGUAAAGGCGUUCAUUUUGUCAUGGCAGAUGGUGGUUUCUCCGUGGCAGGUCAAGAGAAUAUUCAAGAGAUUCUCAGCAAACAACUUUUACUAUGUCAAUUUUUAUGUGCGUUGUCAAUAAUUAGAGAAGGUGGUAAUUUUGUCUGUAAAACAUUUGACUUAUUUACUCCAUUCAGUGUUGGAUUAAUUUAUCUCCUGUACAGAGCAUUUCAGAGAGUAACUUUAUUUAAACCUGUCACAAGUAGACCUGCAAAUUCCGAAAGGUAUGUUGUAUGCCAAGGUCUGCGAUCUGACACCAAACCAAUACAUGAUUAUUUAUUUGAAGUCAAUAUCCAUCUAAAUAAAUUAGAAAACACAAAUCAGGACAUCACUGAUGUUGUGCCAUUGGAGAUGAUAAAGGAAGAUAGAAAUUUCUUUGAGUAUGUUACCAAGUCACAUGAAAGCCUAGCCAUACAACAAGCAAGAGCAUUAAAGAAAAUCCAAGCAUAUGCUCAAAAUACAAACUUGUUUGAUUCAAAGCAAGCAGAUAUGAGAAAGGAAUGCUUAAGAAAAUGGGGUAUUCCAGGUGAUACUCGGUCAGCUCCAAAGAUUUCAAGUGCAAUGGAUAAAUUCUACGAACUCACUAAGGAGAGGAAUAACGAUUACUUUCACUUCAAAGCUACAAAACUCAGUCCAGAAAUCUUGCAUCAGAAAUUACACAGUGUUUAUGAUUAUCGAUGUAUGAUAUCCAGUGGUGAGAGAUGUUUUAUCCUGAGUCUUGGCCGAUCACAUGUUUAUAAAUGGGAUGGUAACAUAUCAUCAAGGUGGACAAAGUUGAUUGAUACAAUCAGUUUAGAAAUACCAAAGAAUUCGUUGAUAGAAGCUGAAAUUACACAGGAACUGAAAGGAGAGGGCAGAGGUCAACGGAAGAUACAAAGUGUUCAUAUUUUAGAUGUUAUGUGUCUUGGUGGAGAAGAUUUGAGGAAUUUACACUUCAAUGAAAGAAUGCUUCUUGCAGAGAAGUUUGUGAAAGCCAUACAUAAACCAAGUAGAUCUGAUUUAGCAGCAUUAAGGACAAAACAUAUCUAUAAAAUGGAAGACCUGCACAUGUUGUUUAAAAAUUUAGAAAUGAAGGUAGUGAAGGGAUCAAGAGAGCCAAGAUUAUGUUAUACAACUAAAAAUGGCCGCUAUAUUUUACCAACUGGGGUUUAUUUUGUGAAAACAACCAAAGAUCCGUGGAUGAUGCAAUUAAGUCGAACUCAUAAAAGGAAAUACUUUUAUGACACGCAAACCAGACAGUCUGUGUUUGAGACUCCAUCAUCGUCUAUUGCAGGAUUCAAGGAUUGCCGAACGAAUCGUUAUCACUGGAUAUGGGAAAGUGGUGUAAAAGUACAUGAAGAUCAAGGGAUGAAUGAUGAAGACAAGAUAUCUAAAGCCAUCUUACUGGAGUUUAUUGAACAUAAGAUACAACGAUGAUGUGUCAGAGCUUUGACUUUACUAAUCUAAAGUCACCCACAACUUAUAACUGCCCUAGCUUGGAAUCGAGUAUAUAAAGGCAGUUGGUGGGGCAUCCAAAGUCAUGACCUCAGUCAAUCCCGGGGCAUCCAAAGUCAUGACCUCAGUCAAUUCCGAGACCCGAUAUGUGAUGUCAUAGCUGCUAUUUAUGCUAAAUGGUGCUUUAGUUUUUCAGCUAAUGUUAAUGCAUAAUGAUGUCGAAAAAUGGCAUGUUUUAAUGGCAUUCAUGAGGGCAGAUUCUGUAAACAUCUGACAUUGUCCUAACAGUCAGCAAUCUAUUAACAAAAUAUAUUACCAUAACUAUG